CUCAGAAUAGCUUCGACUCUAGCAAAGCAUAGCAUUGGAGCACCGCAGAUUCACACGCAACGAGCACGCAGAACAAUCCGCUGGUAGACCGUCGAUAAGCAUCCAGCCAUGGCGGACAGAUACUCCUUCUCCCUCACAACAUUCUCGCCCAGCGGCAAGCUGGUGCAAAUCGAGUAUGCUCUGAAUGCGGUCAACCAGGGUAUCACUGCUCUGGGUAUCAAAGCUACGAAUGGCAUCGUCCUCGCCACCGAAAAGAAGUCGUCGUCCCCUCUCGCCGACCAGAGCAGCCUGUCCAAGAUUAGCCACAUCACCCCCAACAUCGGCACCGUCUACUCCGGCAUGGGCCCAGACUACAGAGUACUUGUCGACCGAGCGCGCAAGGUUUCUCACACAGGCUACAAGCGCAUCUACAACGAAUACCCUCCCACCAGAAUACUUGUGCAGGAUGUGGCCAGAGUCAUGCAGGAGGCUACUCAGUCGGCUGGUGUUCGGCCAUACGGCGUCAGCAUGCUGAUUGCCGGCUGGGACGAGGGCAUCGACCCCGAGGAGGAGGAAACCGAGGCCAAGGAGGGCGAGGAGGUGAAGAAGACAAAAAAGACUGGCGGCAUCCACAAGGGAGGCCCCAUGUUGUAUCAGGUCGACCCAACAGGCAGUUAUUUCCCCUGGAAGGCCACGGCCAUUGGCAAGAGUGCGACCAAGGCCAAGACCUUUUUGGAGAAGCGAUACUCGGAGGAGCUGGAGCUGGAAGACGCCAUCCACAUUGCUCUGUUGACGCUCAAGGACAACAUUGAGGGUGAAAUGAGCGGGGAUUCCAUUGAGAUUGGCAUUGUUGGCCCCCCAGCUGACCACCUGCUGGGCGUCGAGGGAGUGGAGGGUGCUACGGGCCCUCGGUUUAGAAAGCUGACUCCUCAGGAGAUUGAGGAUUACUUGUCAAGUCUAUGAUAGACAUGCCGGUACGCGGAAUGAUGAUGAAGCAGGCUUUGAUGUACAAUAAUGAGGCAUAAAGCUUAAUAAACAAAAGAAUUUGGCACAUUAC